AUGUCGUACAGACCCUCUUCUCAAUCCUUUUCCAAGGUGAGAUCAUCCCCUUGGAGAUACCCCCGUAAUGGUGGUGGAGGCUACCAAGGUGUGCGUCUUGAAAAGAAUAUCACUCGUCCACUUUCCAGAGCCACUGAAAAUGUUCAUGUGAAUGGCAGCACUGAACGUGUGAUCAACAACAAGUCAGUUGGUGUACGUGGCUUGUAUGGAUACGCGCCUCUGUUCCCACGGUUUCCUAGACCAAAAAGAAGCGUCUUAUUCCCUUCAAGCUGGGGUGCUAACUCUGUCUCCUUACAUGGGGUUGGAAGCCGUCUUCCUAUGAUCCUGUCAAGACUGUUUUCCACUAAACAGAUACGUACCAAGACAUCAAACUUCCAUAAACGAUUUUUCUCCGCUGAGGCCCGUAAACAAAGACAACAACGUCGUCGGUUCAUCCGUUGGUGGACCGUGACCUCCUUGACGGUUGUGCUUGGUGGUGUUGCAGCCAAGAUGAGAUAUGAACGUCAUGACAUGGGUCCAACCAACGAGUAUGCCAUUAAACCGCUGUCAUGGCCACUCUAUGCAUACUCAACACUCCCUCUUAAAGCGAUUUCUCGUCUUUGGGGUCAAGUCAAUUCCAUUGACCUCCCUGUAUGGCUUCGUAGUCCUUCAUAUCGUCUUUAUUCGGCGAUCUUUGGGGUUAAUUUGGAUGAAAUGAAUGAACCAGACCUUACCACGUAUUCAAAUUUGUCAGAAUUUUUCUAUCGUGAAUUGAAACCUGGUGUAAGACCUAUGGCUGAUUCUGAUUUAGUUUCUCCAGCAGAUGGGAAGGUCCUUGGAUUUGGUGCCAUUGAAAACCGUGAGAUUGAACAAGUUAAAGGUAUGACAUAUUCGAUCGAUGCCUUGUUGGGGGUUCUGCAACCAGAUAGACUCGCUGCACCAAGUCAUCAAAUCGCUGAUUUUGAUCAUCAACUGAAUGAUCUGAUCGAUGAAGAAUUUGCCAAAUCUCAUGGAAUUGAUGUUUCUCAUCAAGAUAAUACUCAACAUUUACAAUAUAAAGACCAUGGGGAUGGUACUGCUCGUGGACUGAAAUCAUCUGUAGCUCAAGAGCUUUCUGUGGCUCAAGAAUUGGCUGGUGGAGAUCAAUUACCAACUUCUUCCAAACAACUCUUCUUUGCUGUUAUUUACUUGGCCCCUGGUGAUUACCAUCGUUACCAUUCUCCUACCAAUUGGGUGACCACUUUGAGACGUCAUUUCAUUGGUGAACUUUUCUCAGUGGCUCCAUAUUUCCAGAAAACUCUUCAAGGACUCUUUGUUUUAAAUGAAAGAGUGGCUCUUUUAGGAUAUUGGAAGUAUGGAUUUUUCUCAAUGAUUCCAGUUGGUGCCACCAAUGUUGGAAGUAUCAUUGUAAACUUUGAUAAGAAUCUUAAAACCAAUGAAAGAUAUGAACAUGAAGUAUAUCUGAAGAGCAGUGUCGAAGAAGAUAAUAAUAAUAGUAGUAAUGAUUUGAGUUCUACUGCUACAGAGUCUACACCAUUGAUGUCUUCUACUAAUACUUCCUCUUCAAGCUUGUCAACUGGCGAUUCGUCCGCUUCUUCUGUGUAUAAAAGAUUGAAGAAAAACACAGUCUAUGAAGCUACAUACACCAAGGCCAGUAGAUUACUUGGAGGAUAUCCAUUGACCAAGGGACAAGAGGUUGGAGGAUUUAAACUUGGUCUGACAGUUGUGCUUGUUUUCGAAGCUCCAGAAGAAUUCAAGUUUGAUUUAGAAGUUGGUCAAAAGCUUAAAGUUGGUCAAAGUAUGGGACACAUUGAGGAAUAG